UUCUAUGUGACAUUGGUAGGCGUGACUUCACCCAAACAGAGGCUUGGAAUGCAUAAAGCUGUCAAUGUUCCCGUUCUAUUCAGGAAGUACUGACAAUGUCCUCCACCAGUGAGCAGAUUGCAGGAGAGCAGACAACAGGCGAUCAGAGCAGUCUUAGAGAGAAGAUCAAGAAGAAAAUACAACAAUAUGAUGCUGGGGAUCGAUUCAGCCACAUUCCUCUCCAAAAAGCCUCCAUUCUUCUACCAUUGUUAAUUAAACAAGACAAGCUGCACCUGCUCUUAACCGUCAGAUCAAUGAAACUAAAAACUAUGCCAGGGGAUGUUUGCUUUCCUGGAGGAAGAAGAGAAUCAACAGACAAAGAUGAAAUUGAGACUGCUCUGAGAGAAACCCAUGAAGAGAUUGGGUUAAAACCUGAACAAGUGGAGAUCAUUGGCAGACUUGUCCCAUACAUUUCCAAGACUCCAGCUUAUCUGAUCACACCAGUCGUUGCAUUUGUAGAAGACACAUUCCAGGCCUGUCCUGACCCUGAUGAAGUAACAGAAGUGUUUCAUGUUCCUCUAGAAUUCUUCCUUAGUUCUGAGCACUACACCCCACUGCUUCUAAAAGCGCCCUACUUUGGAACCAACGUAAUUCACAGUUUCAAUUACAACGAUCCACAGAUGCAGAAAUCAUUCACCAUAUGGGGGAUGACAGCACAUUUUGCCUUAAUUCUCUCCGUUAUGCUGCUAGGAAAAGGACCUGCAUUUGAUACCAAUUUUAAACUUGAAAGGCGCCUGGCAGAAUGCGAGCAUGCACUCUUGUCAUUUUAUCAAAGUAAAUUAUAAUUGUACAAAACUUGAAUUAUCCUACAGUUGUAAAAGAUUGUUGCUACAAAUAUACUUUUGGUGAUCUGUCCUGUAAUGCUUGAUCUACAAUCUCUAACCAUAUGAGGACAUUACAUAGGUAUACUCAUAGGGUUUUAUGGUGUGAGAACAGUUCACCAUUCACCUAGAAACCCAAUGUUUCAGUAAAAAUUUUCGACAGUACACAAAAUCACCGAAAGUGACUCAACCACAACACCAGCUGCACCUUGUCAAUAGUACAAACAAAGUCCGAACAGCCAUAAAGUGCGCUCAGUGCAAUCUAAUAAAAAAAAGAAAA